UAUUUGAGUAAAGUGACCUGCAGUGGCCACCUGGACACCUGCGUGGACGUGCAGAAGUUUGCAGGUGGAUCCACUGUCACGUCAUGUUGCCUCCACCCAAGAGCGACAGAAUCAUAACACACAUGCCCAAGGUGAAGGCCGCAUGUCAGACGCUGAGGGAAGAUACCGUCAGCUUCAAUGUCGCCAAAGUUAUCGUGGUGGGCGACGUCUCGGUCGGGAAAACCUGUCUGGUCAGCAGGUAAGAAGCCGUUCCACAAUUCCACACUGUACGUCAGCAAUACUGAUGGGAGUUUCAUUUGGCACCUGGGCCUUCAGCACCACAAUCAAAAACAAAUAUUUCACUUCUGUUGACUCAUCACCACGCAUGCAAGUAUUAAAAACUGAUGUUCCCGAAAGGUUCUCCAGAGGAGCCUUCAACAAGAACUACAAAGCCACCAUCGGUGUGGAUUUUGACAUGGAACGUUUCCAGGUACUCGGCGUCCCCUUCAGCCUGCAGCUAUGGGACACGGCGGGCCAGGAACGCUUCAAGUGUAUUGCCUCCACAUACUACAGAGGAGCUCAAGGUCAGGAAGGCUCCUCGCCGUCUUCAUCUCCAAACCCAACAUGUUCUUUUGUGUAUGUGUGUGUUGCACCCACAGCCAUCAUUGUGGUGUUCGACUUGAGCAGAGCAAACUCCUUAGACCACGCCAGGGAGUGGUUGGAGGACGCCAUGAAGGAGAACGACCCAUCCAGUGUUCUUCUCUUCCUCGUGGGCACCAAGAAGGACCUCAGCUCUCCAGAGCAGCUGGGUCAGGUUGAAGAGGAAGCCGUCCGAAUGUCGGAGGAGAUCCGGGCAGAGUACUGGGCCGUGUCGGCCAAGUCGGGAGACGGCGUGAGAGACUUUUUCCUCCGCGUGGCCUCUUUGACCUUCGAGGCCAACGUCCUGGCCGAGCUGGAGAAAAGCGCGGCGAGGGACGGGGCCGACGUCAUCAGUGAGUCGCUGGCACGACGGCUUUCUUCUACUCCUGUACUGACGUGGUUUGUCGCCAGAGAUCACGAGAGGCCCGAAGGACAAACGCGGGAGGAAGGCCAACUGCUGUUGACGUGAGAGGACAGAGCAGAGGCACAACAGCGAAGAGUUGGGCUUUCAAUAAAAACUUGUCAAAAGUG